GUGAAACUCAUUUCUGCAGUUUUUAUUCUCUUUUUUCUCCCAUAAAUAAGUGAAGACUAGAAAUAAUAACCUUAAUAUUGUUGAUCAUUUAGGAUGUCAAGCACUUUGCCCCUUCUUCUACAGUGGCUGUCCUUCUUUCUGAUAUUCUGUCAAAUCUUUUAUGCAUCUCAAGCUGAUUUAGGAACAGCAAGCCAAUAUCGGCCACCAUACACGCCAAGUGCAUGUUUUGGGAGUGAAUCAACACAGUUUCCAUCAAGCAACUUCUUUGCAGCAGCUGGUGAAGGGAUUUGGGAUGAUGGAGCUGCCUGUGGAAGACAGUAUUUGAUAAGUUGCAUUAGCUCUGUUUUGCCCAAAGCUUGUAAAUCAGGAGAGACUAUUCAGGUAAAAAUAGUUGACCGAGCACAGAAUCUAAGUUCUACACCAACAAGACAAGGAACCACCAUGGUCCUUUCAAAUGCUGCUCUUGCUGCUAUUGCUGAUUCAAAUGCCCUUUCUCUUAACAUCGAUUUUCGACAGGUCUAGAAGGAAAAACUGAGUAUUUUCUUGAGGCGCCGUUUGGACAAUACUAUGUUGAAGUUGAAAGAAGAUAAGUAUUUAUAGUUGAAAAAGAGCAUUUGGAAGACAAAAUUUUAUUUGGACAUGAAUUUUACUUGGAG